GCCGGGCCCCGCCGGGGAUUAGGCGGAGGCUUGCAAGCAAUGAGACUUUGAGUGCGGAGGUCGCCUCCGGUCUCCCGAUCCCCAUCCGACGGGCCCUGUUCCAUCCGUCGCCACGAGGAGCCGCUGCCUCCCCCGACAUGUACCCGUCGUCGUUCUCGCCCCGGUCGACAACGUUGGCGUGAUUUCAGCGGACAUCCCUUCGAAGGAAGAGGAACCGCUCCCCUACUUAAUCUCCCUUUGCAACCACAGCUCCGCACUGCGCCCUCCGUUGCGUGUCCAAUCCGAUCCCUUGCUUCCUCGAUCCCUCGCCCGUUCUUGCGGUCGGAAAUCGAUUCAUGCUCUGAUAUUGUAAUGGGUGUUGGAGAAACAUCUUACGGUGGUAUGUUAUGCUACAUUUUCCUCCUAUUUGCUCUUCCUUGGUGCUUUGCCCAUGGGUUAGAGGCAAAUCAGUCUGCGCUGCUGACAGUAGAUGCUUCGCCACAAUCUGGUCAAAAGAUUCCUGAUACUCUGUUUGGUAUCUUUUUUGAGGAGAUUAACCAUGCUGGAGCAGGUGGAAUAUGGGCAGAGCUCGUGAGUAAUAGAGGUUUUGAAGCUGGAGGCCCUAACACACCUUCAAACAUUGAUCCAUGGUCCAUCAUUGGGCAAGAAUCUUUCAUUUAUGUGUCAACUGACCGAACUUCUUGUUUCCCUCGUAACGAGGUUGCACUGAGAAUGGAGGUACUCUGUGAUAACACAGGAUCUGUCAUCUGUCCUUCUGAUGGUGUUGGCAUAUAUAACCCUGGAUAUUGGGGCAUGAAUAUAGAACAAGGGAAGACAUAUAAGCUGAUUCUGUACGUCAGGUCACUCAACUCAAUUAACAUGUCAGUUUCAUUGACAAGCUCAGAUGGAUUGCAGAAACUGGCUUCUGCCAGCAUAUUAGCUGAUGCUUCAGAUGUAUCAAACUGGACCCGGGUGGAGCUUCUUUUAGAAUCUGUGGAAACAAACAUGAACUCGAGGCUUCAAUUGACUACUACAAAUAAAGGAGUUAUUUGGUUUGAUCAAGUUUCUCUUAUGCCAUCAGACACUUACAAGGGACAUGGCUUUCGUAAGGAACUAAUAUCAAUGAUUGAAGAUAUGAAACCUCGGUUCAUAAGAUUUCCUGGAGGUUGUUUUGUUGAAGGUGAAUGGCUACGAAAUGCAUUCCGGUGGAGAGAAACUAUUGGUCCAUGGGAGGAGCGACCUGGGCACUUUGGCGAUGUUUGGAUGUACUGGACUGACGAUGGACUGGGGUACCUUGAAUUUCUUCAGCUUGCUGAGGACCUUGGUGCUUCCCCUAUAUGGGUGUUCAAUAAUGGAAUUAGCCAUAAUGAUGAAGUCGAUACUACCGCCAUCCUUCCUUUUGUACAGGAUGUCCUAGACAGUAUCGAGUUUGCUAGGGGAAGCCGUGAUUCAAAGUGGGGCUCUGUUCGGGCAGGAAUGGGACAUCCAGAACCUUUUCAGUUAGAAUAUGUUGCUAUCGGAAAUGAGGAUUGCGGGAAAAAAUUUUAUCGAGGAAACUACAUGAAGUUCUACUAUGCAAUAAAAGCUGCCUAUCCAGACAUUAAAAUUAUAUCAAACUGUGAUGGGUCAUCUAGACCAUUGGAUCAUCCUGCGGAUUUUUAUGAUUUUCAUGUUUAUACCUCUGCCCGCAACUUGUUUUCAAUGACCAAUCAUUUCGAUCGCACAUCACGCGAUGGGCCUAAGGCUUUUGUUAGUGAAUAUGCUGUGACUGGAUCAGAUGCGGGUACCGGUAGCCUUUUAGCUUCAUUAGGAGAAGCUGCAUUCCUCAUUGGACUAGAAAGGAAUAGUGAUGUUGUUGAGAUGGCGAGUUAUGCUCCACUUUUUGUCAAUACCCAUGAUCGCAGGUGGAAUCCCGAUGCUAUUGUCUUCAAUUCAUGGCAGCAAUAUGGAACUCCUAGCUACUGGAUGCAACUGUUCUUCAAGGAAUCCAGUGGUGCAAUCUUUCACCCUACCAAAAUCCAAGCCAGCUUCUCUGGUGCUGCAUUGGUUGCGUCCACAAUAACUUGGCAGGAUCCAGCUGACAACAGCAAAAACUUGAAAAUAAAGAUAGUCAACUUUGGAAGCGAUACUGUGAAUUUGAAGAUCUCUGUGAGUGGCCUAGAAGCUGGCAUCAACUCAUUAGGUGCCACAACUGUACUAACAUCCGGUGAUUUAAUGGACGAAAACUCCUUUGAUAAACCAAACAAGGUCGUCCCAGCCUCAAGUAAGCUACCAAAUACUGGAACGGAGAUGGAUGUUGCGAUUUCGCCGCAUUCCAUUACUUCAUUCGAUUUGCCGCUGAUCCCGAUGGAAUACAGAUCUGCAAUCUAAGCAUUAGGGGAUGAGAAGUGGCUGUAAAGCCUAUGACAUGGCUGAAUGAAUAAAGGGUUGUUUCAUAUGUGUGUGUGUAUAUAUAUAUAUAUAUAUAUAUAUAUAUGAACCAAAUGGAUGUGUUGUGUGCUAAGAUGUGGAUAAUUAAUUCUAUCAUCACAUCGAUUGGAAAAAUAAGAUAUUCACGUGUGUUAU